AUGAAUACUCCUCCGUCCGCCGCCGAGGCCGCCGGAGAGUCCAAGUACAAGGGCGUGAGGCGGCGGAAAUGGGGGAAGUGGGUGUCGGAGAUCCGCCUCCCGAACAGCCGCGACCGCAUCUGGCUCGGCUCCUACGACUCGCCGGAGAAGGCCGCUAGAGCCUUCGACGCCGCCCUCUACUGCCUCCGCGGCCGCCACGCUAAGUUCAACUUCCCGGACCAACCGCCGGACAUUCUCGACGCCCACUCCCUCACUUGCCAGCAGAUUCAGGAAGUCGCCGCUAAGUUCGCCAAUGAGUACUCAAACGACGCCGUUAUUGUCGCCCCUCCUGCCGACGAUCACGCCGCCGCUGCUGAUGAUUCUUCACCCGUUGCCACCGUGGAUCAAAUCUGCCACGUGGGUGCCAGCUCCGUUAAAGACGAAAAUUAUAAUAUGGAUUGGUCUAAUUUCCUGAACAAGCUCGACCCGGUUGACCAGGGCGGUGGUUCGGGUUCCGCCUCUAAUUUGUUUAACAUUUACUCUGACCAGUUUGAUAAUAUGAUAACCGAUGAAUUAUACCAAACACAUGACCCUCACGAUGACGGGGAUUAUUACGACGACGUUUCCGGCCAUGACUCUUUCUCCCAUCAAUCUUUCCUUUGGAACUUCGGAAACAAUUAA